CCCCGAGCGCUCCGUUCGGGCCGUGGCUCACCCCCAAAGUCUCCACGCCCCGCGAUUCCCAGCUUCGCCCUUGGCUUGACUAUUCCCACAUCCCUCCAACUAGUGCCCUGCACUUUUGAAGGCUGACAAAUGCCGUAGAGAGGAGAAUCGGGCUGCAGUAAUCCCCUCGAAGCUCUCCUUCCCGGGGCCUUUGGGGGGAGGUCGGGGGGGGGGGAAGGAUCGGUGAUUUUCCACUUUCCUUAGUUGCCAGAACCAGUUCUUUGGAUCCCAGCCCCGAGCUUCACUGGCUCUUUUCCCCUUCCCAAUUCUUUAAGAGCCCUGGGGCACCAAGAGCUAUGGAGAAGCGCCUGCAGGAGGCUCAGCUGUACAAGGAGGAAGGGAACCAGCGCUACCGGGCCGGGAAGUACCGGGACGCCGUGAGUCGGUACCACCGAGCUCUGCUUCAGCUGCGAGGGCUGGACCCGAGCCUGCCUUCCCCGAUUCCCAGUCUAGGGCCACAGGGCCCGGCUCUGACACCCGAACAGGAAAGCAAACUGCACGCCACCCAGACCGACUGCUACAACAACCUAGCUGCCUGUCUCCUUCAGAUGGAGCCAGUGAACUAUGAGCGAGUGAGGGAAUACAGUCAGAAGGUCCUGGAACGACAGCCUGACAAUGCCAAGGCCUUGUAUCGGGCGGGGGUGGCCUUUUUCCAUCUUCAGGACUAUGACCAGGCCCGGCAUUACCUCCUGGCCGCCGUGAACAGACAGCCAAAAGAUACCAACGUCCGGCGGUACCUCCAGCUGACACAGUCAGAACUCAACAGCUACCAUAGGAAAGAGAAACAGCUGUACCUCGGAAUGUUCGGUUAAUGAAGAAAAGGGAUGCUCUGACACGUGAACUGAGGUGGACCAUUAAAGACCCAUUAAGGGCAAGCCUGAGCCUCAGCAGGAGAAGUGAAUCCUGUACCUCCGUGCCACCUGAGUUCCAGCUUCCUGUUCAGCACAGAUCUUCACUACUUAGACCAUCUGUGUGUGUGUGUGUGUGUGUGUGUGUGUGUGUGUGUGUGUUUACCCAUCUAUGUAUUUGCUACCUUCCAAUAAAUUUUACUGUUGGGGAUAUUUGCUUUGAGAAAUAGACCAGAAAACAUUCAUUAGCCAUGGGUGGAAUUAGUAUUUCUGGCAUGAAUGUUAACGAGAUGUGUUAGGUGUAUUUCUGUACAGGGCACACGACUAACAAGAGGAUGAAGUAAGGGGAGGCAAAAGCCUUUAGUGGUUUUUAUUCCCUCCCCUCAGAUGCCAAAGUUAAACUUGAGAACCCCUCUUUUUGUAAAGCUAAAUAACUAUAAGUAGAGCUCUAGUGUAGUAAAUGAAAGGCUUGCAAUGAACCAUUUUUGUUUCCUUAAAAAUUCACACACCUUGAAAUUUCUUUCUUCCUAAAAAAGUAUCUUUCCUAUCUGGGUGUGGUGGUAUAGUCCUGGAAUCCUGCCAUUUGAGAAGUUGAGAUGGGGAUCUUGAGUUUGAGGCCUCUCAGGGGUACAUAAUGAGAUCCUGUCUCAAAGAACAGAGGGCCAAAGCUGUAGCUCAGUUGUAGAGCACUUGUCUAGCACACAUGAUGCCCUGGGUUCUAUUUCUGGGGCCAGCACCACAGUAAAUAAUCCUGUUACUAUUUUCUGAUUUAUUAAUUUGUAAUUUCUAGUGUUGGUUAUUGUGUGUACUCAGGUCAUGAACAUUAUUUUUUCAUUAAACUAAUAACUUUCUAGAGUCAAA